AUGGCCUUACUCCUUGAAGAGUGGCGAGUGUCAGUAGAGUCUGAGGCUAAAGGCUCUAGCCAGCCGCAACUGAUCUUGACUGCUGUAGCUGGCUUCUCACCAGUUAUAAAAAAUGUCUCCUAUCCUGUGGAUUCAAUGCAGAAGAACUUGAAUUGGAUAAACAUUGUGGCUCAGAACUAUUACAACCCUUCUUGGGAAAACAUUACGGGCCCUCGUGCAGCUUUGCAUGAUCCAGCGAGCCAUAUUAAUACUGCUGAUGGCAUUAGGGCCUGGAUUUAUAGGGGACUAUCUGCAAACAAAUUGGUUUUGGGGUUGCCUUUCUUUGACUCUGGAUGGACACUUCAGAAUUCCCAGAACAAUGGUAUAGGUGCACCUGUCACUGGUCCUGCAACUGGUCGAUUUUUUACAGAAAAAGGAAACAUCCCCUACAAGAAUAUCAAGCAACUUUUCAUUCAGAGAUAUCGGGCUGCUGUAAAGUACAAUUCUAUUUAUGUAAUGAAUUACUGCAUCAAUGGAUCAACUUGGAUUGGUUUUGAUGGUGUUGAGGCUGUCGAAACUAAGGUGUCCUAUGCCAAGGAGAUGGGGUUGCUCGGUUACUAUGUCCUCGAAGUCACGGAUGAUGACAAUUGGGAGCUUUCUCUUUCUGCUGGUAGAAAUUAG